AGACACUGCAAACCGUACUAACGCUUGCUGCGAGCGUGAACCAUGGCUCUGAUUACCUCACGCUUUUGCCGGGUUAGACCUGCAAAUGCCGCUUCCGCUCGCACCCGGGAGUUGGCUGUCGCUCGGCAAGCUUGCGAGGCGCAACCACGUCGCUCCUUCGCGCAUUCCCGCACUUGGCGCUGGCCAAGACAGGAGGCCUCGGAUGGGGCACGAAGUGGCUCUUUCAUUGCCGUUAGGGCUGCUGCCCCAUCCGCCGAUGCUCCGCAGCAGCAGCAACCCACGGCCGCAUGCCCUUCGCGACCCACACUGUAUUUGCUUCACUGCCAUCUGCCAAACACAAGCGGUAUGCAGACGCUGACGAAAGACUCGCACGACCAGCUGCAGAAAUUGCGCGAGGACCUGAAAGUGAUGGAGAAGGUCGCGAAGAAAGCAGCGUGGUUUUCAACCGUGGAAGCCAGCGAUGGCGAACGUGUACUGCUCGUUACUGCUUGCCAAAAACACGGGCGCAAAUAUAACCUGCAGCGGCUACCUGAGGAUGUGAGCAUCUUUCCAAUCGAGUUGCCAGGUCGCUCUGUGGACAUUCCGCUCUCGGAGGUGACUGCAGCACUGCUGGCGCAGUCCUCCGACUCUGAUUCAGACGAGGAGGAUAUAAAGUACGAGCAUCAGCCGCGGGGAAAGGCUGAGGUCAUCCAAGUGGAGCGUGAGGAGGGAAGCAAGCAGGCUGCUGUCAUUGCUGCUGUCUCCGGCUUGGGGCUGGAGAAGGAGGAGGAGCACAAAGCAGCUAAGAAGCUGCGGAAGCAGCUAGAGAAGGCUGAGAAGCACCUGAAGAGGGAGCAGGAGAAGGCGGAGAAGCAGCAGAAGAAGGAGGAGGCAGCCAAGGCGGAAGCAAAGGUGGAGGAUUCAGAUGAUGACGGCGACGGGUCAAAGCAGAAGGACAAGAAGAAGGAAAAGGAGAAGCCCAAGAAGGAGCAGGAGGCAGUGGAGGGCAGUGCUGAUGGCGGCUGCUGCAGCACUGGGAGCAGGACGGAGGUGAAGGCGGACUGCAGAGGUGGGCACCGGGAGGAGGAGGAGGAGGAGGAGGAUGGCAGUGGCUCCGACUCUGGCUCUGACUCGGAUAGCAGCAGUGAGUCUGAGUCGGGGUCCGAGUCUGACGAGGAGUAUGUGGAGGCAGUGGCGGAGAAGGGGGUAAUGGUGGAGCAGGGCACGCAGCAGCGGUAGGCCGGUAGGAGAGGGGGCGCGACUUGCGAGGGAAGGUGCAACAUACAGCAGUAACAAAGGGUAACAGCAUCGUGGAGGGCAAGGGAGGAGGUGAUAGGGGCGCCGUGCGGGGUGCAUGCUAGGGACACAGAAAGGUAUUGUUAUACUAGCACUGGGCGGGAGCUGUCAGGAGCAAGGGUACCAUGGCUCGGCUGCUUCGCUGGCGACUUUACCCGAAUGAGCCGUAGAUGACAUGCAUGUAUGGAUCAUCAUUACGGUUAUACCGGUAUACGACAAUGCCAUGUAGUGUCAGUUGGGAUCUUCAUGCAUAUGGGUGCAUAUGGGUACGUGUUGGCACCGGCCCUUGUAGUUAAUGCGCUUUGUAGUUAGCACCAUACACGUGUUGCGUUUGGGCCUUACCAGCUUAAAUCUAUUCUAUCUAUCGCCUCACACCGUACUGGUAAUGGGCCGUGAAUCAACCCGUGUAGCCCUAGGAUGCCCUCUCAGCCCUACGCUUUACGGGAUUUUUGGCGAGGGGUUUGCUGACUAUGUUGACGCUAAGGAUAAGUGGCUCCCUGAUGCUAUGCGCGCUAAGCAGCAGACUCCCCAUGCGGAUGGCCGGCGUAUCCCGUUGGAACUGUAUGCCGACGACCUCAGCCUUUUCGCUACGACGCACAGACGGCUGAUUGUGUUGCUUGCUGAUUUGAGAGAGUGGUGUGAGGCCUUUGGGAUGCGGG